AUGAUGCCGCAGCAGCAGCCCGGCGUGGCCCCGCCUCCUCCCCAGGCCGCCCCCGGCGCGCCGCCGCACUGGGGCGGCAUCCCGCCGCCCAUGGCCCCUCAGCAUCAGUACGCGCCACCACCGACCCAGCAGGCCCCGCCCCCGCCGCAGAUGUGGGGCCAAGCGCCUCCGCCCCCGCCCCAGGCCGCGUACGGCCAGGCGCCCCCGCCGCCCCAGGCCGCGUACGGCCAGGCGCCCCCACCGCCCCAGGCCGCGUACGGCCAGGCGCCUCCCCCGCCACAGGCCGCCUACUACGGGGCGCCACCAGCGCCGGCGCCCGCGCCGAUGGCCGCGGCGCCUGCCGGGCCCAGCGAGGUCAGGACGCUCUGGAUCGGGGAUCUGCAGUACUGGAUGGACGAGAACUACAUCUACGGGUGCUUCGCAUCCACCGGGGAGGUGCAAAAUGUGAAGCUAAUACGUGACAAGCAUACUGGACAACUUCAGGGCUAUGGUUUUAUUGAAUUCAUAAGCCGUGCUGCUGCUGAAAGAGUUCUUCAGACUUACAAUGGGACAAUGAUGCCAAAUGUUGAGUUGCCAUUCCGGUUGAAUUGGGCCAGUGCUGGUGAAAAACGUGAUGACACCCCUGACUAUACAAUAUUUGUUGGUGACUUGGCUGCUGAUGUUACAGACUACGUAUUACAAGAGACAUUUAGGGUACAUUACCCUUCUGUGAAGGGUGCAAAAGUUGUAACAGACAAGCUGACAAUGCGCUCAAAGGGUUAUGGUUUUGUGAAGUUUGGUGAUCCUAAUGAACAAGCUCGUGCAAUGACUGAGAUGAAUGGCAUGCUAUGUUCUUCUAGGCCUAUGCGUAUUGGGCCCGCUGCAAACAAGAAAGCUACUGGUGUUCAAGAGAAAGUACCAAGUGCUCAGGGAGUUCAGUCUGACAAUGAUCCUAACAAUACAACCAUUUUUGUUGGUGGUCUUGACCCCACUGUCACUGAAGAUAUGUUGAAACAAGUUUUCACCCCUUGUGGGGAAGUGGUCCAUGUUAAGAUCCCUGUUGGCAAAAGAUGUGGUUUUGUUCAAUAUGCUAACAGAUCUUCUGCAGAGGAGGCGUUGGUAAUUCUGCAAGGCACCUUGGUUGGAGGGCAGAAUGUGAGGCUUUCAUGGGGUCGCAGCCCUUCAAACAAACAAGUUCAGCUGCAACAGGACUCCAACCAGUGGGCUGGGGCUAAUGCUGGAUAUUAUGGCUAUGGUCAAGGCUAUGAGGCCUAUGGGUAUCCCCAGUCUCAGGACCCUAAUAUGUAUAGUUAUGGAGCUGGAGCUUAUACUGGCUAUCCAAAUUACCAACAGCAACCAGUAGCGCAGCAACCACAGCAGCAACAGUUUGAGAAUUGCUAA